CUGCGCAAACGCUUGAUGUUUGACGGUGAUGAUCACUGUUGUGUUCAGCUCGCGAGCUGAGCACUGCAGCGCGCGGAGAAAAACACGCACAGCACCGGUCCCAGUGAGAGGAGGUGAAGUCAAGGACUAAAAAUGCCGGUGCCUCCUCCACCUCCCCCUCCGCCGCCCCCCACCCUAGCUCAGGCCAACACGGAGAAGCCUGUCUUAAAUAGAACAGACCAACAGGGCAGGCACGCUUUACUGUCAGACAUCAACAAAGGAGCGAAGCUGAAGAAGACUUCCACCAAUGACCGCAGCGCUCCUGUACUCGACAAACCUAAAGGUGGUGGAGGUGGGGGUGGAGGCGGGCCUGGAGGGGGAGGAGCCCCAGCUGGUCUGGGUGGUCUCUUCCAGGGAGGGAUGCCAAAGCUGCGCUCCGCUCGAGAUGAUUCUGUAAGCGUCAGGCCUCCAGUUCUGCCCCCUGGUGCUCGCAGCUCCGGUCCACGGCCUUUUGGAGGGGGAUCUGGCUUCGCCCCUCGUCUACCUGUGCAGCGCAGUGAAUCUUUCGACCCCGCGCGACCCCGGAUGACCCCGCCCCGGCCCGAAACACCGGGAGGGCCACCUCCCCCUCUUCCUAGCGCCCCGCGGCCCUUUCAGAGUAGCCUGCAGAGCAGGGGACCACCCUCGCUUCCUGGGGCACCCCGCCCGGGUUCCACACCAACCCCUCCACCUCCUAAUCCUCCGGGACGACAGCCCGCCCCUCCACCUGUGCCAGGAGGAUUCGGUCGCCCUCCUUCUGUUCCUUCACCCGUGGGCCACGCCGGACGGCCCCCUCCACCCCCUGCCCCCGGUCGCGGUGAUGACCGCCCUCCACCCGUUCCUUCUGGAAAUCGUUCUUUGCCCGUCACUCGGGACAGCCCUCCUCUUCCGCCUCCUCCGUCAGCAAGUAGUAAACCGACUCCUCCUCCAGCUCCUUCUCCGGCCUCAUUGAGGGCGCCUGUGAGCGCCGCACCUCCACUGCCACCGGGUCGCCCAAGCCCAUCUACUCCAGAGGAGCAUAUACCACGCCUUCCCGAGCGGAACCUGUCACUUGGCUCACAUCCCCCCACUGUGCCACCCGGGAGAUCAGGGCCCCUUCCUCCACCACCUUCAGAGAGACCACCCGCAUUGGGCAGGAUAGCAGCGGGGCGAACAGGUCCCCUUCCACCUCCACCUCCUUCUGGACGUCCAGGUGGAGGAAGUGUGAGGUCAUCACCAGCUCCUCCCCCUCCAAACAGACCAGGUAUGGAUGCUCAUCGUGGUGGCAGUAGACCGCCGCUUCCACCGGACAGACCCACAUCAGGACCACUGCCCCCACCUCCCCCACCCAUGGGCAACGGUUACCACAAUCAGGGACAUCAGACAGAUGACUGGGAAUCUCGCUUCACGUUCCGACCCAUAUCGGAUCUUCCGCCCCCAGAACCCUACAUCCCCUCUCAGAAGACGUAUCCUAGUAAAAUGGCCAAGAAUGAAAACCGAGGUUCAGGAAAGAGAGAAAGAGGUGCACCCCCUCUGCCCCCUAUUCCUAGGUGAAAGCAACUCAGGAAUCGACAAUCCUUCCCUUCUCCCAUUAUAUCAUUUACUCUGGUACUGGCUGUAUUCAUAUUAUUCUGCCGGAGUAGUUCAAAUAUUCAAAGUGCUUAAAAAAUAAUGGCAAAGAAAUUGUGAUAUUACUGCCCCGCUGUGCUGAUGACUUUCUAUAAUUUCACGUUUUCGUGUGCUGGAGAGAUUCACGAAAUUGCUCUGAGAUACUACAGCUAGACCUUGCUUUAUUUUUCAGUUUGUCAUCGUCUAUGAGAGAUGUUUGUGUGUUAUUUUUUAUGUUUGUUGAAGGUCAUUUAUAAAUCCACACAGAGCAAUGAGGUUUUGGGAGACGGUCUUUGUCAUCUUUGUAAUUUGAUUUUAAGGUCCUGUCAUUGACAAACACAGGCCUAUGCUUUUGGGAACUUUUUGACUGAGACUCUUGGGCCCCCUACAGUCCAUUUGUCAUAUUACACAUCAUUCACAAAACAUGAUUUUGACACAAAACAGUUGACAUCAAAGAUGAAGAGGGAAUUAACUGGAUGUGGAGGACAGUGUCGGAGUGUAAAAGCCAUAAAAGUACCGUGAAACUUAGGUGUGUAUGUGGUGAUCCUGUCACCAGAUUUGUUGUUCUAUGCAGUAAAUAUAUUACACUCCUUUUUGAAUGAAGGAUAAUUGUUCUCUACAAUUUCAUGUAAGUGUGUUUGUUCUAUAUUAUGAAUUGCAUCUGUGAUGAUAAUGUAGGACGAAAGGCCAAAAUGUGUUUAAAAAGCAUUUUAUGAUGUAUAUGCACUUGCUUUUUUCGUUUACAUUACUAUUGCUCAGUGUUAGUCGUAUGACAGAUGUGUGGAGCCUGUUAGAAGUGUACAAGUCGUAUGUUAUAUCCGCCUGAUGUGCUAAGAGAAGCCAGUAUUUGGCUUGGUUUGGAUUUUUACAGGUAUGUUGCCUUAAUUUUUUGUUUACAUUGAGAGAAUUAAUGGCAAAUGUCUUCUAAUUCAAGAAUUAAAGUGAAUAAAGUUUGAGACUGACAUUGAAAUUAAUUAUAUGAACAGUGGCAUAGCAUUUAUUAGAAGGGUGUUAAAUUAGAUAAAAAAGAUUUGAAAUGGAUGAAGAAGAGGAAUGAUUGUGUAACCACAAUGAAAUAGAAAAAUGAUUUGACGUCAACAUACAAUGAAGGAUUCAAAAGUGUAUGAUGUAUUGUGUUCUGUUUGCACAGAUGCUUUUUGCGGUACUGUUGUUAUGUGUUAUAUUGUGUUGUUUAAUUUGUGUAUGUUUACUUUGCUUUUGUUUGCUUCAGACUGUUCUUUGCUGUUCUGUGCCCAAUAUGUUAGUUGAAGUAAAUAUGAAAAGUAUAUCUGUAUUUACACGUCGUUUUACACGUAUUCUUAUAAAGAUCUUAUUUUCAAUACUGAGAUCUUGACGUUUAUGGCACAACGAAUGCAAAGUGGAUUAUGCUCUUUGUUAUUUUAAUGCAUUUGUAUUUUUUCUUUAAAUAAAUAAAAGCAAGGAAACA